AUCCCUUUCUCCCUAACCCUAAGGCCCUGUUUAGAUUAGCGUUUCCGCUCGUUUUCUGGCCUAAACUUGUGACGAGGCGGCGGCGGCGGCGCGACCGCGCAAGGGCAGUGGCGAGGAGGAGGCGGCGCGACCGCGCGAGAACUUGCGGCGGCGGAGGUGCGAGGGCAGCCGGCCUCAACCAGCUUCCGCACGCCUCACCAAACAUCCCCUCUACCCGCCCGUCAGUUCUCGGCGUCUUCCCCACACGUCGACCCAAGUCACGAGAUCUGUUUCUCCACCACCAAUGGCGGCACACGCUCCAGCGCCUGCCCCUGCGGGACCAACACCGGGACAAUUGUUAGGAGCUGUCGUUAAUCCACCUGUUGCUCUUGGUCUUCUUGUCGCUAAUAAAAUCUGGGAUCCGCUUGCCGAUUACAUUGGAUACCCCUGUGACCGCGAGCGUCGCAUCGAUGACCACAAACAAGCAGUGCUGAGGGUGAUAGCGAUGAAGGAUGAUUUUCUUCUUAUAGGGCCAUGUCCCCCAUCUCUUCAGUCAAGGCACUGGAUCAAAUGUGUUGAACAAUUGGAGAAGACAUUUUCAGAAAUCCAGGAAAAGUAUCUCAGGGGCGGUUACUUCAACACAUGCUCGUGUGCUAGAGAAGCCAUCAAAGAAACGAAGCGGGCUGAAGAACUUGCAGGUCAGUACAAAGACCUCUGCAUAGACAUAAAAGCUAGACUACUCCCUGUCAAUGUGUCACAGUGGGAAGAUUUGUCCCUUGUUACUAAUUCAUACAAGGAUUUGGUGAUUAAGUUCAUCAAUGACACAAGUGGAAAGGCCAGGUUGCUGGGCAUCUGGGGUAUGGCGGGUAUUGGAAAGUCUACUUUGUUGAGACAGGUUUCAAAGUCCCGCUCUGAGUUCAUUUCUGACGGGGAUGAUUUGAUUGUGUUAAUUGUUGACACUGGUUCAGACUACUCAGUUGCUAAGGUGCAGAAGUGUCUGAUUGGACUUCUAGGAGUAACAGUAGCAGCUGAUGUUACUGAAGCUGGUGUUGCGCUGGCUAUUUCUAACCGUCUCAGGGGGAUGCGCUUUCUGGUCAUGUUUGAUGAUCUUUCUGGUCCUAUCAACCUUGCUCGAAUUGGCAUACCAGAUGCCCCUCCAGCUAGUCUUAAAUGCCAGAAAGUUGUGUUCACUACACAAAAACAAGCAGUCUGUGCGUCAAUGGGUGCUGAUGAAACCAUACACAUGGUUUGUCCAAGCGAGAUAGAGGCAGAAAAACUGUUCAAUCAUGCCGUGGGAGCAGACAUUCUCAAAGAUAAAAGGAUAUCUUCCCUUUCUCGAACGAUCAUAAAUGAAUGCGGACGUCUGCCUGAAGCACUUUGGAAAGUUGGCCGGUCUCUAUCGAUAAAAGAGAAACCUGAGGAAUGGGAGUUUGCGGUGGAGCUGUUGAGGCUGUCAAAAUUAUCCAUGGUCACAUAUGAGAAUGACGAUCUCAUUGACCGAUUGAGGGUGAACUACAAUGACUUGGAGGAGAAUAUGAAAAAUUGUUUCCUUGUAUGCUCGUUGUGGAGUCAGGAUGCAAAUAUUCCAAUCAAUGACUUGAUCCAGUGGUGGAGAGGCAUGAACCUUUUAGAUGAGCUCAAUGGGCAUGCCGAAGGAUAUGCCUAUGUCAGGAUGCUCCUGCAGUUGUCGCUAUUGGAGAGAGGCGAGAAUACUGCUACAUCAAAUGAAGAUAGUCAUGUCAGAAUGAACCCUAUGAUGCAUAAGGUGGUUAAGCAGAUUUUGAAUGCUCGUGGAGUAACUUGGGCCCCCAACUCAUCUUGGAGACCUCCAUUAACUGAGAACAGUUGGCUAACAGCACAGAUUGUUUGGGCAUCACAGAGAGACGUGCAAAUCCUGAGCAGAAAAAAGUUCUGGACAAAGAAAUUAUUGUCUAAUCUCAAUGUGCUAAUUGCUCGAUGGUCAAUCACCUUUGAGCGUUGUCAGUUUGAAGGGAUUACAUUUCUUGACAUGAAAGAGGUGAGACUAGGAGCUUUUCCUUAUGCAAUAUGUUCGAUGGUCAAGUUACAAUACUUGAACUAAUCGUCAACAGGAAUCACUCAAGUUCCGCUUGAAAUGAGAAAUCUUUCCAAUCUCAAGUAUCUUUUCCUCAGAAACAACCAUGAGCUUGCUCCGCUACCGACAGGUCUUAUCGGUGAACUUGAGAAACUGACUGAGUUCGAUGUUUUCGCUACUCGUUGUUUCCUAGACUCCUAUCUCAUGACUGAGCUUCAAGAAACAGAUCACGAGUACCUUAUGCUUGGGCUCACGGUGAAGUCAAUAGGUCAGUUCCUUGGAUUGAGCAAAUUUCUCUGCAUACUCCCCCGCGUGUCUCUGCUCUAUCUCUGUUUGCUUGACCUCCAGGGUUGCACUACUAUAGAUCUCUAUAAGCUGUCUGGUAUCAAAAGGCUGCGAGAACUAUGUAUCAUGGACUGUAAUGUGUUGAGUUUGGUUGCUGAAGUCCAGGAUGAGACUCAAGAUGCGCAGCAACUACUCCAUGUCCUUCAAAUGGUUGCAAUAAGAGGUUUAUCAAAACUCAGAGAAGUUAAUCUCAAAACCGUGGGUGUGAGCAUCACAUCAAUCAGUAUAUCUGUCUGUCCUGCACUAAUUGAUUUGUCAUGGAUCAAGGAUCUCAUCAACCUUGAGCAACUUUCCGUCACUCAGUGCAGGAUGUUAAACAAAAUACUGUCUCUGGAUGUAGUACAGCAAGACACAAUCAGUAUGCCAAAACUCAAGACUGUUCACCUAGAGGGAUUGGAGGAGCUUACAGUCAUAGCUGAUUUAACCCUUAAAUUGGAUAAUAUUGUGCAUUUUUCAGUGUUCUUGUGCAGCAAGUUAGUUGGCUUACCUGUGGUGGGCGAGCGCAAACCAAAAGUUAUACUGGACUGCGAUAUAAGUUUCUCUGAUAAAAUUUUGCAAGAUGGCAACGAGUCUCCUUACAGCAUAAGAGUGGCUUGAUUAAUCUCAAUCUUCUGUCAGAAGUUUGAGGUUGCUUUGUUUCAGUAGCUGCCGAGUAGAAUGUGAGCAUGUGCCUUUUCUGGAGUUUGAGCUGGAGGAAUUUGGCGGAGGGAUGUUUUGUUUUUUUUUUACUGCGGUUCAAAGUGAAUGAAGAUGACAGAAUAUGUAUGAUAUGACAGAUGCGCUAGAGUGGUUUGUCUCUUAGACAUGAAAUGUUUUCCCCUGGUCAGGGUGAACAAAGUUGGCAAAUGGUCAGGCGUUGAAACCUGAUGGUUUUUUUUUUGUUUACUUGCGUUUUGAGAUGAAAACUUGAUGGUUUGUAUGACCAGCCACUUGUACUUGGGUAGUGCCCAAUUACCUGCAUGAAAAAUGGUAGUACCGGAACUCCCCAA